AUGGCUUCUUUUCCUACUGCCCCCAGCUACUAUGGUGUCACCUCUGCUCGAUUGGACUUUAGUUUGCCUCCCUCUGCUUCUAUGAAAAUGUAUUUGAGUCGAAGCACAAUUCAAUUUAGGAAUGAAGAUGAAAGUAGGGCCGUCCAUUAUGCAUUUGAACCAUGGAAGAAAGACGUGAUAUCUGAAGGAUCAUAUUUGCCCAAUGGAACCGUAACAAGUUCGAAAAGCAAAUUUGAUAGCAAGAUAGAAGCAUCUUCAGCUAAAAUGUACUUCUAUUACUAUGGACAAAUACUACAUCAACAAAAUAUGUUGCAGGAUUAUGUUAGAACAGGAACCUAUUAUGCCUCAACAAAUGAGAACCGUGCUGAUUUUAUAGGACUAAGUAGUUGUUGA